AUGAGCCAAUCGCCCGGGUUCGAGGCUCCAACGCCCUCCACCUCAUGGUUGGCUGUGGAACCGCUCUCUCCCGCUCAACCGGCGUGCCGGACGGGCGUUGCUGGUGUUAGGAACGGUGUGACGACCAAAAGUAGGCGUGUCUGUAUAAAUCCCACAGAUGUCAAAAUGUGUCCACCAGUAAGCUGUGUUGAUGCCUGCAUUUUCCCUCCUCAAAUACGCCGCCUAGCGCUUGCAGUCGAAAAACUUGCGAGGGGGCGGAUCGUGGCAAUGAUCGAGCCUCAAGACUCGAGCUUUGACCGCCGACUGGAUGUUGAGGCGUGUGCUCGCCUCAUGGUGGUGAACAUAUUAGGUUUGACACUGAGGAAUCCGUCUCCACGGACACAGGUCGAGACUACUGCAAGCCGCGACAUGCCCGUUCUCCACUUGUGGAAGUGGAAGGGCAAAGAAACAGCCUGUGAGCAAGGUAAUUGGCAACUGGACUGCAUUGCCGUUGAUGCAUUAGAAGCCAGACCUGGCCUUGAACCCGCUAGCCCAACCCGUAACCCCAACAGAGAAAUUGGACCGAUUGACGAGCAUCUAAACGUACCAAGCGAGAAAGAGAAUCGAGAUGAGUGGUAA